CCUCUCCUUUCUUGUGUCCCUCCAGUACAGUUUCCUCCAUUGAAUUUGUGGCAUGAUAAUUUCUAGAAGUUUGUAUCUGCCUAGUAUUCUCAACCAAACGUUGUAUGCCCUUCGAUGACACACUGCGAUACUCAGCCUCGACAUGUCAACACAUUUACAGCAAGCAAUAAAAAGGACUCCAAGCUGCACCAGCUGAAUCUCCUCAUGUUUGAUCGUGAAUAAGCCUCCAUAGCUUACUAGCCAUGUGGUUGUAGUUUAUUAGCAAGAUGGCUUUCACGUUGGAAUGCAAGGACCGCUAUGCGGUUCCUACGGAUCCGCUAUGGGAUGGGGGAUUGAGAGCCAAAGACCCAGGCCCAGGACACUAUGAUCCAUACCCGUUCCUGAAUCCAGCGACGCAUCGCAUGCGGAGUGCGCAGAAUUAUCUUAUGGUCCUCGAGACAAGGACAACUUCGGGUUUUGAUUUGAACAUUGAUUGUAAUUGCAAGAGUCUCGCCAUGAUCUCUGGUAAGUAAAAAACACGACUAGGUGAAAAAGCUCCUGAAGGGUAAAAAUAUGCAUUUAGAAUAACUUCGUGUGGUGCGUGCUGUCCUUGAACUGCAGAAGCUAAAUGUAACAGCUUCAAAUCGUACAUAGGUGAUCUUGGUGUCUCAUCAUGAUCAACAUUUCUACUACGGUCACACAUUUGAUGAGACAAUUUACUUCUCCCUAUUUAAGACAUCAUCUUUCUUCGUCCUUCUCGCAUCUUCUAAUCCUUCAGACCGAGAAUGUCAGGACUCCUUUGCAGGUCGUAGUUUGUACGCCCAACAGCCGAUGUUUCUUUCACUGCCACAGAAGGAAAGAAACAAAUUUUGGGCGAGACACCGAGAUAUGCUCGAUAACAGGAAAAUCAAGAAGAUGGAAAAGGUUUUCCUAGACUGGAAAGACACAAUAUUAAGGGUACAAGAAAUCCAUCUUCACUCUCAUCUUCUUGGUCCCCUUUUUUAUAAGGGAAAAGGACACCCAAGAUGCUGCUGAAGAUGUAUUUCCCUCAGUUCUAACAAUAGCACCACCGCCAAUAAUCAACGGACAACUGGCUACGUCAGGUUCGGGAUCGACUAGUGCAGGAGGUAUAUUCUAUGCUGGUUUAUUCUGUAGUUUCACUUUUUUUUUGCUUGUGCAUCUGCAAUAAUAGGCUACGUUGAAAAAUUUGAAGUAAGAUGUGCUCUUUUCAACCUCAGGAAGUUAACAAUCCUCUUAAUGUCGAGAAAACCCACCACAAUUACCGCAGGUCCCGGCAAAAUGCGCAAGGGUAGUGGUACAUCUAGUGCUCUGACACUUGCUGCUGCUGAGAAACUGGGUUCAGGCAACAUUGCGCCAGGCAAUGCGAUGGCCCGACAACAGCAAAGGAAAUUUUAUGCCUGUUGGACUUUGUUGUAUCUCAGAAGUUUCAAACCACAUCAAGCAUUGGGUUCUGAUUUGAUUAGAGAUCGUCGAAAUCGAAAUGUGAGUACAGCAAGUGAAAGAUAAAUGGUUUGGAAGUAGAGGACGAAGGUGCAAGAUCUUCUGAUUACCACAACCACCACUGAAGAGUCUAAGUUCCUGCCUACCAAGACAACAAUAUUGCAACGGAAGUGAUGAACAAUAGCAUGCCUGGUGUGGGUCGGCCGACACAGGUAGAGCAGAUGACAAGAACCCUUCCAGGUUCCUUCUUCGAGGCAGUCGAAAACACGGGAAGAAAAGAUGGAGACUUUCUGUUGCAGAAUUAGGGCCAACGUCUUCGAACAGAUAUUAGCAUAGGUAGCUACCUAACAGAUAUUAACAUAGAGGCCAACGUCUUCGAGUAGCUACCUACAUAUAUUAACAUAGGUAGCUACUAGAGGUACCACCUUACAGAAAUUAAUAACCAUUGCAUGUUGAAAAUUGUCCCCUCUCCUCCCCGCUCUAAAACCCAGCAGCUGCAGAUCUAGUCUUUACGAAUAGAGACUUGCCGAUAACAGCUUUUGCACGCGUACCAGCAAAUCUAGGGAAUAAACCUCUGCUAAAGCGAGUAGCGCAAGAGCCCUGUCACGAAAUCUACGACACGAACACGAGUACCCUCUCCUUCGCUGAAAGAAGAGCAUUGCAGAGGAAAUUCAGGUACUACUCGUUAGUAACAACAAGCCAUCUCCUGAGAAGUCCUGACCCUGAGCAACGCCACAACGUCAUUCUUAUCAACAAAACAAAAACACUGCGUCCUUCCUAACAAAUAACAGGUUAACGCACGGGUUGUCGAAGAUUCAGAGGAAAGUCCUAGAAAGUCGAAAGACCGUUGCUUCCAUAGCCAGUUUAGCGCGAGACACCGCGAAGAACAAACAAGCAUCGAAAGUCGUGGAGCCAGCGUGGUACAUCCCGCCGCUGCCGAAGGAAGAAGGGUUAGGCGACAUGCUGGCUAACAAGAGUCUGCGUAACUACAAGGUAGUUGCUAGAGCGCGUGCUUUGGAACCGAACUCGCCGAAUCAGAAGGAUUGUAUCGCGACUAGGUGGACAGGAAUUGGGAGUAGGGAUGCUUAGGUCUCGACGUGGCAAUGUUUGGAGACUUGAUGAUGCACCUAGUAAUCGACAUCGGGUUCGCGUCACAGACACAGACACAACAACAUUCAUCAUCAAUUUCGUCAUAUUCCAUGUACGAAAUACAUUCCACCGACCACUUGCUAUAAUUUAACUAGCACUAGAAGAUUGAUACAGUUCCAGAGUCACUCAUCAAAUUAUACGUUUAUGUUCAUGGGACAUCCUUAGCCAAAUCUUACGAGCAUCGAGAAGUUUUCGAGGAAAUUAGAAGAAACUCAACAUUACUGCAAGAGAUAGAGAUGACAGAGUUUACUGAUACUGCUUUUCUUGUGUCAUGCAUAGAGUUACCAGUUUGUUACUAGGAUCACUUAAUAUAAUAAUGUAAAAGUUGUACUUGUACGUGUUUUCACCAUGAUCAAGAAAGACAUAUAGGUAGUGAUUCUAUCCCGAAAAGAAUCGCCGUUCGAGCUCAUACAUAGAAGACUCCUCGAGAAUAUACUUGGACAACAUGACUUGUAACAAACUACCACAGGCAUAUCUGCAACCCAAAGAACAAUAGCAAGAGGACAAACAUUUUCAACCUGUACAGUGCUUGUACGCCGUAAAUAAAUUUAGAUGUAUAUUAAAUCAGUAGCAUGAGUCGAGCAGGAAGUUAUGGACAAAGUGCAGGAACUCUCCUACUAUGUAUUGACUGC